AUGGAGGUUGUAGAGCGUUGGUUUGAAAAACAACAUAAUCAAAUUCAAAACUGGGAAAAAAAUCAUGUGCGAAAAUAUCAAAAAGAUAUUGUCAGCCGAAUUACUCACGUUAUGGAUUGUGAGGCGUACACGUUGGGUAAAAAUCAAGUUUAUUUAAGAGAGGUGUCCGUGUAUCGAAUACGAGACAAAAAGACAUUUUCAUUUCAAAUUUAUAUGCCCGAUAUUUAUAUAAAUCCAAAAGUUGUACACUAUCAAAUUCACCACGUACACGGUCUACCCGUGGUGCGUGAAAAAAACAACGAGGAUUUUUUACAAUAUCGUGACGUGUAUAAAGUGUUAUGCGAAGAGUUUAUGACCUCUGCAGAUCUGGUCGGUUACAAGGGUGGUACUAUCGAACGAGAUUUAUUAAAGAAAUUGGGUACAAAGGGAAUUAAUAUCGAGUUAUUGGGGUGUGAAAAGUAUGCGAACUUGAUUACCAAAUAUGGUAUAACACCCGAACGUUGUCCAUAUCAUUUAUAUGGUGAUUAUCAUUGUUCAAGACACGAAGUUCAGGUAUUUGCACAUUUUUUAAACGAGUUAGCACAAACAUGUCGGACUACAUCGAGGACAUAG